AUGAAAGCCUGUGCUCCUCUCGCAGUUGUCUUGGCUCUGACUCUGAGCAGUGACUGUACAAGGAUGCACAACAAAUCUGGGGCAGGAAGAGGCUCAAAACAUGAGUUCACUCGCCCACAAGUGUUUACAGAGGAUGGAAAUUUAUGCAAAUUUCCUUUCCGGUACGGUGGAAGGUUUUAUCACUCGUGUUUAUCAAAUCUAUUUUCCCGAAAGAAAUGGUGUUCAACAACACAUAACUACGACCGGGACAGGAAAUGGGGACAUUGUGCUUUGUUGCCCGAAGACCACUCAGAUCACUGCGCAAACAACCCUUGCCAAAACGGAGGGACCUGUUCUCUUGCUCAUGGCUAUAGGACGUACCACUGUACCUGUCCCGAGGAAUUCACGGGCGAGGACUGUCAGAUGAAGAAAUGUUUUGACAACAGUCUCUACGAGUUCUUUGAUGUGGGCAUGAGCUGGUCAAGAGUCGAACAAGGAGCUGUGGAGCAGUGCGUGUGUGAGAACGGCCAGAUCGAGUGCGAGAGUGUUGAACACAGAAGUUGUGUUCAUGGUCAUGACCCUUGCAUGAAUGGCGGAGAAUGUAAAAUGGUUACCUUCAGUGGGAAAAUAGUAUGUGAUUGCAAAGGAAAUUAUGCAGGAAAGUAUUGCAAUAUUGUUCCUAGCCAUCGGUGCUAUGUUGGCAGUGGCAUGGAGUACAGAGGUACAGCAAAGAAGACUGUUUCUGGACACAGCUGCUUGCCUUGGCAUUCAGACUUGCUUUAUGAAGAGCUUCACGUCGACAGCGUGGAGAAAGCAGUACAGCUUGGCUUGGGGCCUUUCUCUUACUGCAGAAAUCCAGAUGAUGAUGAGAAACCAUGGUGCUACAUCAUGAAGGACAACAGUUUGUCUUGGGAGUAUUGUGAUGUUCCAUCUUGUGCAAGCAGGGAAAGGAGGCCACCAGUUCCAGACAAUGUAGAUAGUUCUGCAGUUACCAGAAGACCAUGCGGGAGAAGACACAAAAAAAGAAGUUUUGUGAGACCUAGGAUUGUUGGGGGAUCUUCAUCUCUGCCUGGAUCUCACCCCUGGACAGCAGCUAUAUACAUUGGAGAGAGUUUCUGUGGGGGAAGCCUUAUUCAGACUUGCUGGGUUGUGUCAGCAGCACACUGCUUUGCUAACAGUCCACUAAAAUCGACUAUUAGGGUAGUUCUGGGUCAGCAUAUAUUUAAUAAAACAACUGACGUAACGCAAACUUUUGAAAUAGAGAAAUACAUCUUGCAUCCUCAGUAUUCUGUGUUCAACCCUACUGAACAUGAUAUUGCUUUGAUUAAGCUGAAGAAGAAUGGCCAACGAUGUGCCGUCAAGUCCCAGUUUGUUCAGCCCAUCUGCUUGCCAGAAAGUAACACCGUUUUCCCUGAUCAGUUCAAAUGUCAGAUUUCUGGAUGGGGACACAGGCACGAGAAUAUAUCUGGUUAUUCAAAUGUCCUGCAAGAAACCCUGAUUCCAAUUAUUCCUGAGGACAAGUGCAGAAGCCCUGAAAUUUAUGGAACAGAAAUCACUGAAAAUAUGUUCUGUGCUGGCUACAUUGAUAGCAAAUCUGAUGCUUGUCAGGGAGAUUCUGGCGGACCUCUGGCCUGUGAAAAAAAUGAAAUCUCUUACCUGUAUGGAGUUAUCAGCUGGGGAGAUGGCUGUGGCAGAGUCAACAAACCUGGAGUAUAUACACGAGUGACAAACUAUGUAAACUGGAUUAAUGAGAAAAUAGCCCCCCGAAAAACUAGCUGA